AUGGAUUCGGGGUAUGGCAAACUAAGUUGUGAGGAUUCGAAAUCCUGUGAGGGAAUAGAAGUAGAAAGUGUUCAAAUGCAUGGAGAGAUAUUUGAUCAUAGCAUACAUGAUAAGCAAGCAAAAGUAUCUGCAGAAACUAUCGAUGACAGUCCAAGAAGUAAAGAUUCAAACCAUGAGGGUAGAAGUAGUAGUGAUUCAGAAGAACAAAUAUAUGCCAUAAGUAAAGGUGAAAGUGAUAAGAAUAAACACUCUGACUCACAUACCGAUAGCACUGAAAGCAUAUCUUCAUCAACUAGAAGGAGAAGUUCUUGUUCUUCAUCUGAAUCAUCAUCAGAGGAUUUCUUUGCACCGGAUGAAGCAUUUAAGUACACCAAGUCUGGGAAAGAUAAUGUUUCUAGCAAUGAGAGUUCUGAAAAGUCUGAACUUGACAACAACUCUCUAAUUCCAACAUCAACAAAUCAAGUUUACAAUUUGAGCCACAGCCAAAAGGGUAUGUCACCAACUGCUAGUCCUCCCAUGCAAGUGAUGGAUCGAUCUGGAAAAUAUGAUGCAUCUAUUAUUCCAUCUUCAAUUUUUGAACCAAAUACUAAUCCAUCAGAAUGGAGUAUUGCUUCUAAUGAUUCACUAUUCAGUAUUCAAAUAGGGCAACCAAGUUUGUCCAGAGAAACCGCGCUUAUGUAUGGUGAAUUAUGCUCGUCAAUGGAAUUUACCAAAUCUUUUGAGUUGAAUAACCGAGCUCCUUCAUUUAAAAUAGAAGACCCUACCAUAAAGAGUGUUGAUGAUGUAGAAGCGAUAGACACUGCUACAAGGAAUGUUGAUGUAGAGAAAUUGCAAGCAACAACAACAUCACAUGAAUCAUUGAAGUUAGAAGGAGAAAGACUCAGUGAAGACAAUAACGAAAUAAAGGCUUCACAUCAAACUACAAGUCACAAAUCAUCCAAGUCCAAUGUGUCUAUUCUUUCUCAUAGUGAGAAUGGAACUUCACCUGUUCCUCCAUUAAAGAAGCGAUCCCGGAAAGGCUACGGUUAUAGUUGUAGCUGGGUGUUCUUCUGGCCGAGCUGCACGUGUUGUUGCUCAUCAUUCUCUUGCUGUUGGAGUAGUAAUCCUGCAAAUUAUCGUCAUCAGACCACCCCAAUGUAUGUUUCCUACACUUCACCUAUAUCACAUUUAUUAUUUAGACAUCAAGUUAAACUACUUGUUCUUUGUUUGACAGAAACAGAGAGAAAUGAUUCCAUGAAGAUGGAUAUUCCUCGACAGCAAUCAGAAGUGACUGGGGACUCUACAGCCAGUCGUAUCCAACCUAAACAAGAAUCCGAAGUGCCUUCCAACUCAAAAGACAAUAAUUCCAAUUGGUUUCAUUUUGCCACCACCGUUAGGCACAUAGGUUUGAUCACAUGGCAAUGCACACAUAUCUUGGACCUGCGCCACUCUUCCCUUCAAAGACUCGGGCUAGAUUCAUAA